CGGUUGCGGCCUUCUUUCCUAUCGCGAGAACCCAUCGUCUGCUCCAGGCGAUCGCGAAGAAAAACGCUUCUCAGUUACGCUGCUGGCGUCGGUGCAGCUCGCCCGAGCUCACGUGCUGUGAUCGUGUCGUCUGCACCCGCGCAUCUGUGUGUGUAUGUGUGCGUGUCUGACUCCCUUGCUGGUGUGCUGCGUCUAGUCGAUUCGUAGUAUUUAUAAAUUGUAGGUUUUAAAGAACGGAAAGAAGAGGACCAUGGCAGGCGCUGGAAAUCCGCCUUUCCCUUUCCUGAGGAAAUUUGUGACCAAGAAUGAAGCAGUCAAGGAAUUCCUCGCCGAGUUUUUCGGCACGUUCAUCCUAUAUAUGUUCGGCGGCGCAUCAUUCGCGCAUUACCUGUUCACCGACUCGAAGGACGUGUUCGCGGUGACCUUCUGCUGGGGCAUCGGCGUCAUGCUGGGCAUCCAGACCGGUGCUGGCGUCUCUGGUGGCCACGUGAACCCGAUUGUGACGACAUCGUUCGCCAGCAUUGGCAAGCUGCCAUGGCGCAAGGUACCGCACUACAUACUUGGACAGCACCUGGGCGCAUUCCUCGCCUCGGCCAUCCUCUACUUCAACUACAUUGACCUGCUGGACAGCGUCGACGGCGGCGAGCGCCAAAUCUUCGGGAAGAACGGCACGGGAAUCUUGCUCACCACUUAUCCCAACGACAACGUGCACCUUUCCGUCUGCGUCUUCGACACGAUCAUCUGCUCGGGCCUGCUCAUGUUCACCAUCAUGGUGAUCCUGGACGACCGCAACGCGAACACGACCAAGGGCAUGCACGCCUUCCUCAUCGGCAUCAUGGUGGUGGCGCUGUGCUGGGCCUACGGCGCCAACUGCAUGGCCGCCGUCAAUCCCGCCAGGGACUUCCCGGCACGCGUGCUCAGCGCGCUCGUCGGAUACGGCGCCGAGACGUUCACGUUCCGCAACUUCUGGUGGAUACCGAUGUUCGUGCCUCACCUGGGUGGCCUGAUCGGCACCUGGCUGUACGUACUGGGCGUCGGCAUGCACAUCUCGAAGCCCCAGUCCAAGGAUGGACCCGAGGGGGUCAAUCUGCUGCCGCUGGCGCCCAGGGCCGACAAAACAGCGGCCUAGCAGAACAACCGAACGUCGUCUUCCAGAAAUCACCCGCACAGCUCGGAACGGACGACGGUCGCAUCUUCGUUACCAUGGCUCGAUCACACCGACACUGCAACUGGCAGAUGUCAGUGACGGUCACGCAUUACGUCACAAACCACGUACCCGUGAACCCUUCAUUCACACAACGAGAUGAGCUUGAAGCAGCCGUAGAUAUAUAUACGUGUACUCCAUGUCCAAACCACGUUGCAUAUUGAAAAUGUUACUCUCCUUUUCAUCUUGCUGUGUAGCUACCUCUCUCGACACGGCUGAAACAAGCCAGAAAAAUUACAUCGAUUGUUCUCUACGGAAUGUGUGCAUUCUUUUCUUUCUUCAAGAAAAAUGGCAACCUUUAAACAAGCCCCCCCCCCCCGAUUUUUUUCAUAGUUUGAAAUUUUAUAACGGCGUGCUACAGUCAUUGCUUUAUGACUGUGACCCCCCCCCCCCCCUUGUUUUUUUAUUCCUUAAAGAUGGCAAAUAAAAACAAUGGGGCAACAGUGCGAACUUACCACUGCAAAUCCGCUUUGCUAUGCCAGCACGUGGCAUCAUGCACGCACCAUUUGCAACUCUGAAACUGUUUUCGUUCAUUUGUAUAUUUAUGGAUGACUUACGGCUCCAUAUGUUUCUGAACUGCGCAUUAUUCAGUUUACAGGUGAGUCACACACUAAGUGUCCAGAGUGGCUUCUGGCUUACCAUGGCUCACCGGACCGAAGGGUUUAGUGAAGACAAGGUUCAGCACAGAUUUCAGUGACAGGGCAGGGCGUCGCAUGACUCGUGAUGUCCAGGGAGGUCUACUGUAAAAGAAAACACCCAAUCUUUAUCACAAGACCAACUAGAACCUCAGUUUUUGAUCCCGGAGAGAGACGUCUCUGUAUCACGUCUCACGUCUGAACCGAAAAAGUUUACGAGAAUGAAUUAUUUAUCGCAGUUAUUUCGCUGCUCGUCUACCUCUCGCAACCGUGCCUUAGUCGAGAACUACCUAUAGGAUCUUCACUUCGAAGAAGCCAGGUGUCGUGGCCUCACAAAAAAUUGACGUGAAGUGAGGACGUCUCUGGUUUGCAGUUUUAUAGUGGAGCGUUUAGAACCUCGCUGGGUUUCUCAUUGCGUCCACAGCUUCGCCGAGCAGGGGGAGAGAGAGCUGAGAGAGAGUGAAAACCGAGUACAAAAACUUUGCACCAGCGCUCUCGCCGGACUCAGGCGAAGUGAGGUUGCUGUCGCGCGCGCGUUGAUGGAGCGGCUCGAGUGCAAGUAUACGAAUGAACAAGGGUGACUCGAGAGUACAAAGUGAGCUGUAGGACUGCACGCGCUGUGAAUUUAUGCUCAGUGCCACAGUAAUGUGGUAUUGAAGUGGAACCUGCAGCUGACGUCAUCCAAUCUGCAGAGUGAGGCGUCAAUGCACAUGUCGCUGAGCAUCCGUACAUCAUGGCCUCAGUCCCGGGCGCACGCUCGAGCACCUGAGUAAGCCUCGUGACUUUCACUUCACUGCCAUAUUAUCGUGAAACGGAGCGUAAAUACGGCGAUGAAAAAAGAAUGUUAUCUAGCGGAGUUGAAAGCGUUCGACGCGCGCACUGCACGCGCGAUGUGUUACCGUCGGUGCUUGUAGGAUCAAAUAGUGUCUUCACUGCCUUAAUGCUUUGGUACGUUUAUAUAUACUGCCGUAUGAGAAUACGCGAGAGCUCGCGAACGGUCAAGUGUUGGAACUACAAUGUUGGUGCAUUUUCUGAGCUUCUGGCGCAGUGACGGGAACUGGAAUAAAGAAUGAUUUGCCUUUUGUCA